AUGGCCGACUUUUCCGCCUAUGGAGUACCCAGUCCGGAAUGGGAUGAACUGACCGGCGUCACCGACGGCGCCUCAGUCAAAGGGUUCGCCGCGCAGGGUUUCCUGGAUCUCACCGGUCUGGAUGAAAUCGCCGAAACCACGCCUGACGACCCGGCAUUUGUCAGCCGGCUGGAGGAGCUGCAGCGCAAGACAGAUGCCAGCCGGGAAAUCGAAUCGGCACAGUGGUGGAAAGACACAGGACUGAAGGAAAAGGUGUCGGUAGAAGACGUCGAGAUUGCCACGCGCGAUGGCAAGUCGGUGCCGGCUCGCCUGUACCGGCCCAAGGCGGGAGGCCCCGACAAGAAAUACCCGGUCUACAUGUUCUUCCACGGCGGCGGCUUUCUCUUCGGCUCGCUGACGGGCGAGGACGUGACCUGCUCCACCAUCGCCAACGCAUUACAGAUUCUGGUGGUCAACGUCUGCUACCGUCACACGCCGCAGGUGAGGUAUCCCACGCCCUUCCACGAUGCCUGGGACUCGUUCGAAUGGGUCUCCAAGAACAUCGACGACUUCGGCGGCGACUCGCAGCUCAUCACCGUCGGGGGCAUUUCUGCGGGCGGCGGCCUGGCUGCAUACCUCACCCUGGAGGAGAAUAAGAGGGCGCCGGGAGCCGGCCGGAUCAAGGGCCAGAUGCUGGGAGCCCCUUGGCUACUCGCGCCGAAGUUGGCCCCCGUCAACCUGCUGGCUUCAAAGGAGGUCAGUGCCUAUCACCAGUGCCGCGAUGCCCCGGUCCUGCCGGCAAGCAGCAUGGCCCUGUUUCAGGCACUGCUCCGCCAAGAAAAUCCCACGGAUAACUACAUCCAAGUCAGCAAGGACGAGGAGUGGGCGUUCAAAGGCAUGCCCAAAACAGCCAUCUUGGUUGCCGGCAUGGAUCCUUUGCGAGACGAGGCAUUGCUGUACGGGCAGGAACUGGAAAAGCGAGGGGUGUCGACCAGCAUCUCCAUCUUUCCCGGUCUGCCGCAUGGAUUCCGGCGGUUCAAGAGCCUUCCUUCCACUCCCAAAUGGGAUAAGGCACACAUCGAUGCCAUUGCGUGGUUUUUCGAGCCAACUACCGCCUAG